GAGUUUGUUUUACGAUCCAGCCCGAUUCGACCCGACCGCCCUAACACACAAAAUAGAAAAACCUUAAAACCCUUCCCGGGAGUCCCUUCUUCUCACCACAAAAACCGCCGCCUUCGAUAAUCCUAAUCGCCGCCGUCCACCUCCGUUUUCCCGAUAACCGUCGCUGGAGCUCCUGUAAUGGGGGAUUCUGCUCAAGCUCCUAUUAGGGAGGAAGACCUUGUGGAGAAAACAUUCAAGGAUUUGGGAGUAAACGAUCAAUUAAUAGACGCCUGCGACACUCUCGGUUGGAAAAACCCUACUAGAAUACAGUGUGAGGCCAUACCUCUUGCUUUAGAAGGGAAAGAUGUGAUCGGGCUCGCCCAAACUGGGUCGGGCAAAACCGGCGCCUUCGCGAUUCCGAUCAUACAAUCGCUCCUCGAAGCUCCGCAGGCGUUUUUCGCCUGCGUGCUUGCCCCAACGCGCGAACUCGCCAUUCAAAUUGCCGAGCAGUUCGAAGCCUUGGGUGCCGGAAUUCACCUCAGAUGUGCUGUGCUUGUGGGAGGUGUGGACCAAGUACAACAGAGUAUUGCCCUUGGCAAACGGCCGCACAUUGUUGUGGCUACGCCUGGACGUCUAAUUGAUCAUCUUUCUAACACCAAAGGGUUCUCUUUACGUACACUGAAAUACUUGGUACUAGAUGAAGCAGAUAGAUUGCUGAAUGAGGAUUUUGAGAAAUCACUCGAUCAAAUAUUGAGUGAAAUUCCCCGCGAAAGGAGGACGUUUUUGUUUUCUGCUACGAUGACCAAUAAGGUGAAAAAGCUACAAAGAGCUUGUUUGAAAAAUCCUGUAAAGAUUGAAGCUGCAUCAAAAUAUUCAACUGUUGAUACAUUGAAGCAACAGUAUGCCUUUGUUCCUGCAAAGUACAAGGAGUGCUAUCUUGUAUAUAUCUUGACUGAGUUGACAGGAAGCACAUCCAUGGUUUUUACGCGAACAUGUGAUGCCACUACACUCUUGGCAUAUAUUCUUCGUAACCUUGGCUUCAAAGCCAUUCCUAUUAAUGGUCAUAUGACCCAGUCAAAAAGGCUUGGAGCCUUGAAUAAGUUUAAGGCUGGAGAAUGCAACGUUCUUAUCUGCACUGAUGUUGCCAGCAGAGGACUGGAUAUUCCAUCAGUAGAUGUGGUUAUCAACUAUGAUAUUCCCACAAACUCAAAGGAUUACAUACAUCGGGUAGGAAGAACUGCUCGUGCUGGACGGUCAGGGGUGGCUAUAUCAAUUGUGAAUCAAUAUGAGGUGGAAUGGUACUUUCAGAUAGAGAAGCUUAUAGGUAAAAAACUGCCAGGGUACCCUGCCGAGGAGGAAGAGGUUUUGUUAUUAUUGGAGCGUGUUACAGAGGCGAAAAGAAUAUCUCAAUCGAAAAUGAAGGAAGCUGGGGGCAAGAAGCGUAAGAGAGGCGGUGACGAUGAUGGUGAAGAAGACAUAAGUAACUACUUGAAUCAAAAUAAAAAAGGAAGAUCAGGGAAUAAAGGAAAACCAGCUAAUAAAGGAAAAUCAGGAAAUAAGGCAAAAAGAAGAUGAUACACAGUUUUUCAAGACUUGUUAAAUUUGAAUUUUGCGCGGGUAUCAUCUAUAUUGGGUUCGUGAUGUUUUCUUUUUUAUUUAUUUUUUAUGUUUUAUUUCUUUUUGGCUAGGACUAUAUAGGUGUAGAAUUAUUACCAUAUAUGUUGAUUACUUAAGUAGGCAUCUUCUUUGUUGGAGAAAAGCUCCGGAUUUAUGUUGAACUAACUAUAUGAAUGGUUGUAUUCCGAUAUUAA